UUAGGCUAUGCGACAUCUACAAUGACCAAACAUGUAAAACCGGAAAUCUUCGAAAAGAAGAUUGCCAUAAGUGCACGAGGCACGAUGCCCGUGCUGCACGUCUCCUCGGCGCUCAUUGCAAAGCAGGAUCCGCGCAAGCACAAGAAACGCCGGACCAAUGGGACAAGAAGUGUGAGGCGCCGAUGCAUCGUGGUGUUCAGCUCUGUUAGUGGACUGAAAGUGGCCCCAGGUAUGUUACCCUGCAGCUCAUUUGGAUGGGCUGGAGUUGUAAUGGCCAAAAAAUCUUACGUCCGUGCCAAUACUGUAUGCCUGGCGUGGGCUCAGACGCCUAUGAUGGAACGCAACUUGAAUUGUGGGCCGCAGCUGGGUGCUAUAGUUCAGGCUCUGAGUGGGUUCGGACGGUGA